AUGACGCUCACUUUCUUUGCCGCCCCAUUAGCCUACUCUGCAGGAUACACCCAUGGAGUAGCCGCCCCAUUGGCUUACUCUGCUGGAUACGCUCACCAAGCAGCCCCAGUCGCCUAUUCCGCUGGAUAUGCUCACCAAGCCGCUUACUCCUCUGGUUACUCUCACGGAGUUGCCGCUCCAGUCGCCUAUUCCGCUGGAUACGCUCACCAAGCCGCCCCAGUUGCCUACUCUGCUGGAUACGCUCACCAAGUCGCCCCAGUUGCCUACUCUUCCGCCCCAGCUGUAUCUUACUCAAGCAUCUCUGCUCCAGUCGCCACCUACGCCAAGACCAUCGCCGCCCCAGUAGCUUACUCUGCUGCUCCAGUCGCCUACUCCGCCCCAGUAGCUCACGCUUACUCCGCCCCAAUCGUAGCUAAGACCAUCGCCGCCCCAGUAGCAACCUCCUACUCUCACUCCACCGUCACCAAGUCCGUAGCUCCAGUAGCCACCUACGCUGCCGCCCCAGCAGCCUACUCUGCCUACUCCGCCCCAAUUGCUCAAACCUAUUCCAGCCCGAUCGUCGCCAAGACCAUCGCCUCUCCCCUGGCCUACUCUGCCUACUCCGCCCCAUUAGUAGCCAAGACUGCUCACGUCUCCUACUCCGCCCCAUCCAUCGGCUACGCAACCAACUACGGAUGGUAA